UAUAUGUAAAACAACGAAAUGGCAGAGAGAAAAAAGCGAGGGUGAGAGAGAGAGGAUGGGAGACGACACGGUGAAGAACGAAGCGAUGGAGAUUAUGGGUAUGUGUCAGUUGCUUCCUCGCCUCGUCGUCUUCGAUCUCGAUUACACUCUCUGGCCUUUCUACUGUGAAUGUCGCUCCAAACGGGAUAUGCCGAGGCUGUAUCCUCAUGCCAAGGGCAUCCUCUAUGCCCUCAAAGAUAAAGGUGUUAAGAUUGCAAUUGCCUCAAGAUCGCCAACUCCUGAUAUAGCCAACACUUUUCUUGACAAAUUGGGGAUAAAAUCAAUGUUGGUUGCUCAGGAAAUAUUUUCUAGUUGGACUCACAAGACUGAUCAUUUUCAAAGAAUUAAUCGGAGGACCAACAUUCCAUACGCUGAAAUGCUCUUUUUUGAUGACGAGGAUCGCAAUAUAGAUGCAGUAUCUAAUAUGGGUGUUACAAGCAUCUUGGUUGGCAACGGCGUGAACUUAGGCGCUCUGAGACAGGGUCUGUCAAAGUACUCACAGAACCAGUCGCCUUCUGGAAGAAGCAAGCGUGGCUCGCAAAACCUCUCGAAAAAGUCGAGCACGUCAGAAACAGAGGAGCAAUAAAAUUCUAUAUCCAUUAAGGGAACAUGAAGACAAACCGUUAUGUAUUCAUGUAAAAGUCUCAAUCCGUUAAGGGGCCUUGAAGAUAACCCCAAAUUGGAGGUUAUCAUUUGUUUGAUAUGCCUACAAACCGUUUUGUAUUCAUGUGUACAUGUGGUUGUUGAAUAAAUUUUUGUAUUUUCAGAUA